AUUUUCAUUAUUGUUUAGUUAUAGACGUUUCUUUCUGUCAGUUCUGUCACUGGCUACUAUUGCUUAACUUUAUUUAUACCACUAAUAUAUUGUUAAAAACUUAAAUAACUUAAGCAACACUUAUGUCGUUGUUGGCAAAUAAAUUCCAUAAUGCUUUUCUUCACAAAACGUAUAUACCAAGUACAAAUCAAAACAGAACAUUUUGGGAAUAUGUCAAUAUGAUGUUUAAUAGACCAGAUCCUAAACGAAUAGAAGCUGUGGGGCCUGACCGUGCCUGUGCUGAGUGGGUCUUACGAAAUGGUGGCCAGAUUAUUUGGACGGACGGGAAAAAAUUGAGCGAUUAUAAUUCUUUACCUGCUGAUGAUCAAAAAGUGCCCAAGAUAUUGGAGAUCGAUGGAACAAACUCAUCUAUAUCUCAUUAUGGUUUUCCACAUUUAAGUGGAUGCACAAUGCUACAACGAAUUAUAUUACACAAUAAUAAUUACAUAGAUGAUAGAGCCAUGAAAGGUUUAUCUCAUGGUCGGGCCAGUCUAACACAUGUUCAAGUGUCGAAAUGUCGCAGUGUAACAGAUUUGGGAAUAAAAGAAAUUAAAGUAUUACAUAAAUUAGAGACAUUGAAAUUGUUUGACUUGGAAGAAGUAAAGAAUCUUGAAGAAUGUAUAAAGUAUCUGCAAUCACAUUUGCCUAAAUGUCAAAUACAAUGUUAGCUGUAAAAAUGUAAAGAAAAUUAUACAAAAGUUUUGUAUAAUUUUCUUUCAACUAUUAAAGACAUCAAAUUAAACAAAAAUAUCGUUAAUGAACAUAUUCAAUGGAAUAUUAUUAAAAUUACUUUUUCUCUAAAAUUUGAAGAGUUUGCACACAUAUUGUGUUUUUAAAGUGACAUAUUUUAAUACACAAAGCACAUUUUCAUAUAAACAAAAUAUAUUUACUAUGUGCCAUAUUUACAUUUAUUCCAUGUCAUAUCAUUUUCCAGAAGGUGGAAAGAAACUACAAGAAAAUUUGGCAUAAAGUACAAUUGAUUGUAACCAAUGUCUGUAGUAAAUAUUACCCAAUCAAUAUUUUGUCAUUUCACUUCUUUACCAGCUUCUAUGAUAUUCUUAUAACCAUCUCUUUGUAAUAAUACAAUUCAGAUUUUGCAGAUUACUGGAGGACCAUGGUAAAUGAAAGCUGUAUAUAUCUGUAUCAUAUUAUCUCUAACUAAUAUCUUUUCAUAUGCAUCUUGUCCUGUAAAAACUCCUACAGGGAGUUGUAGAAGUUUUUACAAU